AUGAUGGCCGAGGGACGUCGUAUGCAGAGCAUCAGAUCACCGUGGGCCGCCACGUUUGACCAGUUCGCCGGAUCGAUUCGGAACUCCGCGAUCAUCGCGGCUCCGUUCAUCACUCGCGCGCCGGUUGAACGAUUGGUAGCAAAGUUGGGCAUAAGGCGGCGGUCAGUGCGUCUGAACUUGCUGACCAAUCUGGCAGCGGACAAUGCAAUCAGCGGUUCGUUGGACGUUGGAGCGUUGGCAUGGCUAUGCGAACGCGUACCAAACACGGUGGUCAGACAUUUGCGUUACCUGCACGCGAAAGCCUACGUCGCUGAUGAACGCCUCGCGAUUGUCACCUCGUCCAACCUUACCAACGGAGGUCUCUACCGCAAUCACGAACUGGGGCUUGCCAUCACCGCACCGCCAGCCGUCAAGGACAUAGUCGACAACUUGACGGAGUACGGAAAUCUGGGCGUCUUGGUGCCAUGCGAUGACCUGACUGACCUGGGUAUGUUGGUACGACGGGCCCAAGAACAGCAAAACUUCGCUAACCAAUUUGCGCCGGGCGUUGCAGGGACUAAAUAUCAAGCUAUCGUCAACCGAAUCGACGAGCGAUUAGUUCAACUCCGGACUGCGGGCGAAGAGUUCGCGAUUAACCCGAAACGUUCGAUCACUGCUCAAUUGGCAGACGCGGUCAAGUAUGUGUUGCGUGUGCAAGGACCGCUGCCGACCAGUGAAAUCAACCCGUUGGUCCGAGAUCUCAAACCAGAGCUUUGCGACGACGAGGUGGAUAGGGUGAUAAACGGGCAGUCGUUCGGCAAGAGAUGGAAGCACGACGUACGCAACGCCCAACAGCAGUUGAAGCGGGAUGGCCUGAUUGUGCUGGAAAAUCGCAGAUGGCGACUGGUCUGA